UAUUGUGAGAAGUUAAAAGAAACUUUUAUUCUAUAAUCUCAAUCAUAUGAUAAAAUCCAUGUAAAUAGUGUAUAUUUAUUACAUGAUUUUGUAAAAUAUAUUGUUAUUCUACACUUUUUAGUUUGUGAUAUAUACCAAUAAAAAGUGUUCUAAACUUGAAUAUAAAAAUAUAGGUUACAUUAAAUUUGUUCACUUUUCUUGGAUCUGUAUUUGAUAAACAGAAAACAAUGUCUUAUAUGUUGUCACAUCUUCACAAUGGAUGGCAAGUGGAUCAGGCAAUAUUAUCUGAAGAAGACAGAGUAGUUGUUAUUAGAUUUGGCCAUGACUGGGAUCCAAUGUGUAUGAAAAUGGAUGAAGUUCUUUAUAAUAUUGCUGAAAAAGUAAAAAACUUUGCUGUCAUUUAUCUAGUUGAUAUUACUCAAGUACCUGAUUUUAAUAAAAUGUAUGAAUUGUAUGAUCCUUGUACAGUUAUGUUUUUCUUUCGAAAUAAACAUAUAAUGAUUGAUUUGGGAACUGGAAAUAAUAAUAAAAUAAACUGGACAUUAGAGGACAAACAAGAAAUGAUUGAUAUCAUUGAGACAGUCUACAGAGGUGCUAGAAAAGGUAGAGGUUUAGUUGUUUCACCAAAAGAUUAUUCUACAAAAUAUCGUUAUUAAUUAUCUUUAUUGACGAAAAUAUUUUAUAUUAAUGUAUGAAUCAGAGAGAAAAUAUUGGUAUAUAAUUGAACUUAAUAAAUAAAAAUAUGUCAUAAUUACAAAUAAUUAUAAUUACAAAUAAAUAUAAAGUUAUAUGUAGCAUAUAUGUACUUAUACAAAUUAUUGUAAAAAUAUUAAGUAUAUAUCUAUAUUUAUUAUUUUACAUUUAUCUGUAAAUAACAUUUAUAGUUUUGUAUAAAUUGGUUAAUUUAUUUUCUAUACAAGAAGAAGUCAAUAAAUCAUAGCUUAGUGAA